CAUCUCGUAUUACUACGUAUGCAAAUACCUCACACACACACACACAGUAAUAUGAAUACAUUCAACUUCCUAUCUCUCUCUCUCACAUUUUGAAUCCUUCCUCACCAAGAAAAUGACGAGAAUUUUCUGCGUAGUCUAGUCUACUCUGAUAGACUCUCAACAACACAUCAUAAAAGCGUGUAUGUGUAUAUAGUUGCACUCAUUCUUUGGAGCCCUAAAUCAAUUAAACUACUUAUAAUUUCCGCACAAUUGAUAUAUAUCUACAACACCUGCAAUCCACCGCCAUGGACGGCGGAGACAAUCACAUACUAGAGCUCGGUCGUCUGAAAGUCAUCGCGGCUCUGGGGCGCGGAGCCAAAGGCGUUGUGUUUUUGGUUCGAGGCGAAUCGAGGGACAGCGAAUUCCUGGCUUUGAAAGCAAUCUCCAAGGCUUCAAUCGAGAAGAAGAAGAAGAUGAACCAAACUACUACUACUUGUGAUAGCGAAUACAAGCGGAUUUGCUUUGAACAACAAGUUUUAAGCCGUUUUCAACAUCCACUAUUACCGAGACUUCGAGGAGUUCUCGCCACCGAUCACAUCAUCGGUUACGCAAUUGAUUACUGUCCUGGACGUGAUCUCAAUUAUCUCAGAAAAAAACAGACUGAGAAAACCUUUUCUGAUGACACCAUCAGGUUUUAUGCUGCCGAAUUGGUACUGGCAUUGGAGUAUUUGCACGGAUUAGGGAUUGUUUACAGAGAUUUGAAGCCAGAAAACGUAAUGAUUCAAGAAAACGGACAUCUAAUGCUCGUGGAUUUUGAUCUCUCAACAAAACUCUCACCAAAAUCUCCCGAAAAUAUUGUUCCGGUCGUUACGUCGGUCGACAAACCUGCGCCGAUGAACAAGAGGCCAUUCAAACCCUUCUACAGGUGUUGCAACUCUGGCAUAUUGCCGGAGGACUCGGUGUCUCCGCCGAAAUCCGUUACUCACACGGUGAGUUCCGGGUCGGACUCGGCGGCUAAGUCGAACUCGUUCGUGGGGACGGAGGAGUACGUGGCACCCGAGAUCAUAUUAGGUAACGGUCACGAUUUCGGGGUGGACUGGUGGUGCUUAGGGGUUGUGCUGUACGAGAUGCUGUAUGGAAUGACGCCGUUUCGGGGGUCAAAUAGGAAGGAGACGUUUUACCGGAUUCUGACGAAGUCGCCGGAACUAGUCGGAGAUCCGACGCCGUUGAGAGAACUGAUUGCAAAAUUGCUGGAAAAGGAUCCAAAGCAGAGAAUAUCACUGGAGGGAAUAAAAGGCCAUGAUUUCUUCUGCGGGGUUGAUUGGGAUCUGAUCCUGCAAAUAGGGAGGCCACCAUUUAUACCUGUACGGGUUGAGGAUGAGGACACAGAAGGAAAUAAGGAGAUUGAUGUGGAGUCCUUUGUCCAAGGAAUAUUUGAACCUGGGAGGGUGGAAGCUAAUAGCAGUAGAAGUUUGGAAAACAAAAAUAAUGAGAAGAACACAGAUAAUGGGGUGUGGAUCGAAGGAUUAGAUCACCCUUGUAAAACUGACAAAUUUUUUGUUUUUUGAUCAUUUAUGUAACUAUUUACAUAUUUAUAUAGAACAAUAGAUUACUCCUAUAUACUAAA